AUGGAUCGGAUGCAGGCGGCUCCUAAGCUGCGGAUCCUGCUCUCCGUGUGGGGCUCCCGCGGCGACAUGCAGCCCUACGUCGCGGCGGCGCUCGGCAUGAUGGCGGCCGGGCACAAGGUGAGCAUUAUGAGCAAGCCCGACUUGAAGGCGUUCGUCGAGGCGAACGGCGUCAACUUCCUCGGGUUUGACGUGCCGACGGAGGCGGCAACGCCGGAGAAGCAGCAGGACGGCGACAACAACCCGUUCUUACGGGCCAAAGCCGAUGCCGCAAAGAUGUUUGACGAGGGCGUGAGCUUCUCGUAUUGCAUGAACAACAUCGCCACGAUCUUUCACAGCAAGACGGAGACUGUAAACGAACGGAACGCCUGGCUGCUGCAACUGCUGCAGCUCUGCUCCAAAGGGCCGGACGGUACGCAAAAUCGCUGCAGACGGUCGGACGCGCUGCUCGGCGCGCACGUUCGGCUGGAGCCCGGAGGAUCACACAAGGCGUAUAGAGGAGCGCGCGCGGCCUUCGACAGUGAAGUACGAAGGGUGUGA